AUGGAGAGUGCCAUGAGAGUCUAUGAGAAGAUGUGCAAGUCAGUCGUCUAUCCCAAUCUCAGGACAUUUGAGACUCUGAUCUGGGGCUACAGCGAACAGAAGCAACCAUGGAAAGCUGAGGAAGUCCUUCAGAUGAUGCAGGAGACUGGUGUCAAGCCGAAGGAAGGCACCUACUGUCUCAUUGCUGAUGCAUGGAAAGCUGUUGGUUUGAUUGAGAACAUCAACAACUCAAAUAGUUCCCCCAAUGGUCCUUAUGCAAUUGACAAAUUGGAUCAUUCAGAUGACAAUUGCAACGUGCAAAUAACAGAAGACAAUAACAAGCUGCAAAGUUUUGAUGAAAGUAAUGGACGUGCAAUGAGUGGUCAGUCACGUUCCAGUUUUCUUCAGAUAACAAAUGCACUAGGCAGCACUGGUAUAGUUUCUGCCAAGGUCCUCAAGGCUGGAGAAUUUCCAUCCGAAGGACGGAAGGCUAUCAAAAACACAUCCUUUCUACAAAGAUCUGAACUAUUUCAAUUGUUGCAUCUCGAGUUUUGUAGGAAGCAGCUUCAGAAGAAUGGUGGAUUCUAUAGUCAGAGCAUCAGCUCAUUCAAAAUGUUUCUCUAG